AUGGCCGAGAAAGUAAGAUACUAUCUUGAGCAAUCUGUUCCAGAACUUGAAGACUUGACCAAGAAGGGUCUUUUCGAAAAGAAUGAAAUCACGAUGAUUAUGAGAAGAAGAACUGACUUUGAACACAGAAUUCAAGGUAGAGGAUCAAAGCCAAGAGAUUUCUUAAAAUACGCUGAAUUCGAAGGUAACUUAGAAAAAUUGAGAAAGAAGAGAUAUACAAGAUUGUCCAAGGUUGGAUUAGUUGAUCAAAAGCCUAGUUUAUCUGAUUGGGCAGGAUCAAGAAGAAUCUUGUUCAUUUUUGAUAGAGCUACUAGAAGAUACCCUGGUGAUUUAAGUAUUUGGAGUCAAUAUUUGAAGUUUGCAAAGAGUAAUGGGGCAAUUAAAGUUAUUUACAAGGUUUAUUCUCGUUUGUUACAAUUGCAACCCCGUAAUGUUGAUGCCUGGUUAUCCGCUGCUAAAUAUGAAUUUGAAACAAAUGCAAAUGCCAAAGGUGCUAGAGUUUUAUUUCAACGUGCAUUAAGAUUUAAUCCAGAGUCAUUAGAAUUGUGGUUAUCAUAUGCUCAAUUUGAAUUGACUUACAUUUCAAGACUUUUAGCUAGAAGAAAAGUUUUGGGAUUAAUUACCAAGAAACAACAAGAAGAUCAUUUGGAAGCUGAAAAGGAAAAAUUAGCUUUGGCACUUUCAAAGGAUAAAGAAAAUGAAAUGGAUGAUGACGUUAUUGCCUUGCCAACAACUACUGGAGAAGAUGAUAUGAAGGAAGAGUUGAAGCAUUUACCUGAAGCAGACAUGAAUAUGCUUGGUAACCCAGAAACCAAUCCUGCGUUGAGAGGUGAUGUCGCCUUGACUGUGUUUGACUUGUGUAUUCCAGCAAUCCUCAAGACCAUUCCAGAAUAUUCCACAGUUGUCAAUGAACAAGAUAAGGCAUUUGAAAUUGUCUACAAGUUCUUACAAUUGUUCGAUCAUUUUGAAGAUUUGAACAGAGAUUAUCUUUACAUGCAUAUUUUGAAUUACUUGCAAAACAAGUACCCUCAAGAUACUAGAACCUUGUUAAUUGAUGUUACAUUACCUAUAAGAACUAUUACCAGUUCCAGUGAAGAAUUGGCUGCCACAUUACAGUUGUCUAUCAACAAAUUUAUGGCUUACAAGCUUAAAUUGACAUCUGUUGAGCAAAAGACAAAACUUGUGAAUAUGUUUGUGGAAUAUUUGGAAGCUCAAUUCUUAGAUGAAGAGAACAAGCCAUCUGCAAAGACGGAAGCCUUGUUAAGAGCCAUCAUAAAAAAGUGUAAGUCAUCUUAG